AUGGCGCCGAUGCGCGGCGAACGUGGUGGCUCACCAGCUCGUGGGGCCCGAGCUUCUUUACCAUUGCCUCGACGUCUCAUAAGACAGAUUGCGAGACACGUGGCUUCCAGCGGGCGCUCUCUCCGACGCCUGGAAGUGUCCGGCAGAGUCAUAGACAACUUCGAUGACUUGGACGACGCAUCAGAUGACUCUGAUAUGGAUACAUCACAGUCUGCUGUGGCAUGCGGCGGUAACGCUGGUAACUUGCCACCGGCGGACCACGACGACGAUCUGACCAGUCUCAGUUGGUUACAAGACAGAAAUUUACUUAGAGGUAUAAAUUUGACAAAAGGUGAUAUGGAGGACAGCAAAAUAAUUAGCAGUCAAGUUGUGGUAAAGACCGAGUCUAAAACCCCACCGCCAAUAUGUCGCGUGCCCUCUCCUCCACGCACCCCUUGCAAAGCUCCUCCUUCACCCCCAGCAAAAACACACACAAAACCCCCAUAUUCCUUCUCUUGCCUCAUCUUCAUGGCGAUAGAAGCGGCGCCGGCUCGAGCGUUACCCGUUAAAGAAAUUUAUGCAUGGAUCGUUCGACACUUCCCAUAUUUCAAGCACGCGCCACAGGGUUGGAAAAAUAGCGUUCGACAUAAUUUGUCGCUAAAUAAAUGCUUUCACAAGGUUGCAGCUGCUCCAGGCUUAGGCAAAGGCUCGUUAUGGACAGUUGAUCCUCAACAUCGUUCAACAUUAUUACAGGCGUUUGGCCGACAGCCCGUGCCGCCAAUAGAGGCCGACACGGAUUCGGCCAGUACAGAAGUGGCCGAAGUGGUCAAGAACGCGCCCGACCCUCAACUGUUCCCGUACCUGGCUCGCCGACUGGCCGACACGCGCGCGCCGCCCGCGCCCGGCGCCGACGAGUACCUGGCAGCCGCGACGGUACUAGCGAUGAAGUAUGGACCGGCAGUGUUGGACCAGCUGCCGCCCGAGGCGCACCUGGUGAUAUCGCGGUGCGCGCGCGACGAGCACUCGUACAGCGGCGGCGAGGAGCGGCGCACGGCCGAGGCGCUGCUCAACCUGGCCGGCGUCACGCACGCGCCCCCCGCGCCGCACGCGCACAGC